CUUGAAAUAUUUGAAUAUAGAUAUUUGUUGAUCAACUGCACACGUGUCAUUGAGAUAUACGUAUUACGAGUCAACACCAUAACCUUUUAAAAUUUAUUUUUACUAUUUAAUGUGUUAUGGUGUUGAUGAACUAAACCAUUUUUUCUAUGUGAUAUCAUGUUUUAAUAUAAAAUAUUAUUUUAUUUGUAACAACGAUAAGUUUUUAGUGAGCAAAAAAUUGUUGGCAGAGUUGAUAUUGUGAGUUUUAAUUACCUUUUAUUUUGUUAAUAUUAUAUUAAUUUCAUUACAUUGAAAAAUUUUUACUUCAGAUGUUAAAUGACAACGGAACAUAUAUUCUCAAGGUUUCGUGAUUUUUCCUAGGGACAAAUGUAUAUUGGGCAAGAACAUUAUUGUCAAGAAUCAUUUAUUGAGACAAGUAUUUGAAUAUCAUUAAUGUAGAAAGUAUUAAUGAUUCUUAUGUUAUUGAAUCUAUAACGUAAUUUAAUUUAUGCAAACUAAUUUUGGAUGAAUUAAAGUAGUGUUCAAAAAUAAUAAUACGUUAUAUAUAAAAAAAGAAAGAUGGCUGGUAAAGAAGAAAAAGCAAAAGAUGGUAAUCAAGAAAUAGAGUUGAUAAGUUUAGAUAAAAUAAGUUUUAAAGUCAAGGCAAACUUACUACAAGAAUUUCCUUGGUUUGCUGGAAUGAUUAAUUUUGAACCAGACAAAAAUGUCUUUGACUUCAAACGUGUAGAUGGAGAAACUUUAGGAAAAAUUAUAGAAUGGAUGGAAUAUGAAGGAAAAGGAGAGAUGCCUGCAUUAAUUGAUCCUGAUACGAAAUUACAAAGACAAUUAACACCGUGGGAGGAAAAUUUUUUAGCAAAUAUUGAUGAUAAAAAGCUAGUACAACUAAUGAUACAUGCUGAUUAUUUUGAUAUAAAAAAUCUUCUGGAGAUAUUGACUUUCGUUACAUCACAAAAAAUUGUAUUAUAUCCCAUUGAACAAAUACGAGUUAUGUUUGAUAUCAAAGAGUCAGGAUAUACACCACAAGAAGAACAAAAACUUGAGAGCGAGAUACAAUGGGCUGUUAGAUUCCAAGAUUAAAUAAUAUAUUAAUAUUUCAAAAUAUGCAUAAUAAUUAAAUAAUUUAUUUAAAUUAUAUUUUUAGAAAUAAAGUUAAUGAAAAAAUUGUCAUUUAAUAAAUUUGUUAUCGAUAUUGAUGCAUGAUAUCACCCUAUGACAUUCCAGAUAAAUAUGUACAAGUGUGUAUAGUGUAUGUCAUGUAUAUGUAUAUAGCAACUAAAAUCACGUGGCUCUUGUAACAAUUAUUUAUUGUGUAUUAUAAAGUAGUAAAUGAAUAAUAACAAACUUCUUAAUAAA